GUGCGGCGCCCAACGGCCGGCCGCGGCUGGGGAUUCAAACGGGCGGCACGAGCGCGGCCGUUACCGGGCCGGGCCCGGCGCCCCCCCCUCACCCCUCUCCCCCUCACGCCGCCAUGUCGGGGCCCGGCGGCGCCUUCGCGGAGCGCUGCGUGGCCGUGCUGUGCUGCCGCUUCUGCCGCCACGUGCUGAGCUCCCGCGGCAUGCGGGCCGCGCUGCUCGCCGCCCCCGGCGCCGCCCCCGACCUGUACUCCACAGACAUCCCCCCCGCAGGUACUGUUGACUUCAUCGGCAGCUGCUAUGUUACUGAAAUCUGCAAAUGCAAGCUGAAGAACAUCGCGUGUUUAAAGUGCGGUAACGUUGUUGGUUAUCAUGUGAUUUCUCCCUGCAAACCUUGCCUGCUGUCCUGUAAUAAUGGCCACUUCUGGAUGUUUCAUAGCCAAGCAGUCUUUGGCAUCAACAGACUAGACUCUUCUGGUGUGAAUGUAUUGCUCUGGGGCAACUUGCCAGAUUUGGAGGAAAACACAGAUGAAGAUGUGUCAUGCAUCUCUGAGGAGGAGUAUAUCAGAUAGCAUUUAUCUACAACAUACUACAGUAUCUUCCCUAGAUACCUUCCAUUGCUGUUUGUUUUGGACUCUUCUUCCUGCUGGCCCAUCACAGCCUAAACAAUAGAGAGAACUAUGAAAUCUGGAAAAGAAUCAUGUAAGAUGUCAUCUUCUGUCACUGUAGUGUUCCUUAAACUCUUGCAUCUGCCCUGCGUGUAUCAUUCUGACUGGAGACGUGCCUUGAACAGAUCUGAAUGUCAGAUAUUAGAGAUGCAGAUGGCAGGUGCACUUACUGAGGUCUAGGUCUGGUUUGUUCUUACACAUAAGUUUCAACAGUUGACAUGCCGCCUUAACUGUAUUUUUCUUCUUUCCUAAAACAGUAUUCAUGGAGCAAAGUCUUUCACAUGCUGUAAGUAGAGCUUUAAAAUCUUGAAAAAUAGUCAGUUUUGUUGAUGGAUGAUGCUCUGAAGCAACAUUGCUUAAGUAGUCACACAGACCAUUCAUUGCCCAGAGCUUUCAUUCUGAGUAUACAGUCACUGAACAAGUGUCUUGAAGCGUUAUAGCUUUGGCUCUAUUAUCUUGGUCUCUUGCUUUUAGCAGCUUGUUCUCUAGGCAUCCGAGGCAUGUUAGGACGCUCCUGAAUGUGGACUGGGGAGCUGUCUUACUGAGUCUUCCGGUCUUCAUCUUUCAGUACUUUCAGGAUCAUGUUUCUGCAGAGAUCAAGUUCCAUUUUUUUUCUCUCCCCUUCCCCCCACUAAAAUCAAAAUACUGAAGUUUGUUAAUGUCUAAUGUAACUUUGGGACAAUUAACUACUAGAGUAGUUAAAAUCAGCAAUAAAAUCCAUCCAGAUUUGUUUGUUUUUUUUUUACCUUAUAGGAUAGGCAUUCUUCUAAAACAGGAUUUACUCAUCUGAUUGUGUCUUUUUCUAGAAUAAAAAAAAAAUCAAAUAAAAUAUUCAGUGUUUGUGCCUAGCCUUACAUCCUGAAGCAUAGAGACAAUCUCAUUCCUCUAAGCAGUAAUGGAUUUAAAGUUCAUUACCGGAGUUGUUACGGUCAUAGUAUUUAAUUUAUGAACUAAAUACUGUCCCCUUCAGCUAGUCUCCUGAAGGAUCAUCUUUGGAGAAUUCAAGUUACGGUCACAUAAGAGAACUGGCAACACUUCCAAAUUUGGAUUGAUGUUGAAUAAAUCAUUCUAUAGCCUCUCCUGAUACUUUGAAGAGGUGCAAUGAAGACAAAUCUGACUUGUCCUAGUAUUUUUACUGCACGGUACAUAUUUCCUAAUGGUGCUACCUCUUCUGCAUUGUUUAAAUGUAUAUUUGUGUGUAUAUGUGUGUGUGUGCGCGCCUAUGUAUAGAUAGGUCUUGUUUGGAUUUCGUGUAUUAUGUUUGCUCAUUAAAUAAAAGGUUUGGACUAUGUA